AUGGCCUCUCAGGAACCCCGUUAUGUGGCAGUUGCCCAGCGCAAGCAAGCUGAGCUUGCUGCAGCUAUCCCUUCUGAAUGGCGGCUGCCCGCACACCUCAUUCCUGAGGGGAUGCUCUCGAUCUCCCAGUCGAUAACUGUUGGCCCAAAAAGUUACCAACGAGUCGGGGUGAUGGAUAUUCCACGGACAUGUGGCCUACUUACUUCCAAAGAAUUGGAAAUAACAGAGAAAUACGACGUGCGAGGUCUUGUGGCGGAGAUGGCACAGAGUCGGUUGAAGGCCGAGGACGUGGUGCGCGGGUUUUGCAAGAGAGCAGCCAUUGCCCAACAACUUACUCGCUGUCUAACCGAACCCCUCUUCGACCGCGCCUUGCAACGAGCCCGGAAGCUGGACGAUCACCUCCACCGCACAGGCACCCCGAUAGGCCCCUUACAUGGUCUUCCGGUGUCAGUGAAGGACACAUUUAAUAUAAAAGGCGUGGACUCAAGUAUCGGAUUGUCUGCCCUGGCAUUCAAGCCUGCAAAAGCGAAUGCCCCGCUAGUAGACCUGCUGGAGUCUUUGGGCGCGGUAGUGAUCGCCAAGACAAACAUACCACAAACACUCGCAACAUUGGACAGCUGCAACCACCUUUUUGGGCGCACGCUGAACCCUCUCAACCGUAAAUGGACUGCAGGUGGCAGCACUGGUGGGGAGGGCGUGUUGAUCGCCAUGCGCGGGUCCAUGGUCGGCUUCGGCACGGAUAUUGGUGGUAGUAUCCGAGUACCAGCUAUGUGCCAGGGUAUCUACGGGUUCAAGCCGAGUAACGGACGCGUGCCAUAUGGAGGGCAAGAGAGCGGCCAGAUCGAAGGUAAGGGCCGGAUAGGGUUGCAAGCAGUGGCUGGUCCGUUGGCUCGCUCUGUUGCGGAUAUCAACGCCAUCAUGGCGGAGAUCGUCCCUCGCGCGGAGCUGUUCGGCGAAGAUUGCAUUCCGGGCUCAUGGUCGUCACAAUCAAUACCGCUUGCUCUCGCUCCACCGCACAAUUUUACUAUUGGUGUUCUUAAGACAGAUGGUCUGGUUACACCCCUACCUCCGAUCGCUCGGAUUUUGGACGAAGUCGCCAAUAGCCUCCGUCGUACUCCAGGCAUUGAGGUCGUUGAUAUCCCACUUCCACCGGUUCUACCUAAAUGCCAAGCCCUCGCUGGCCGGCUGAUGGGCAUCGACGAUGGGUCCCACAUGCUUGACCUUAUCGAGAGCAUGGGCGAGGACCUCAUUCCGUGGCUACAAGGCCGAAUGAAGCGUGGCAUGGACUUGACGGUGGUUCAAUUGGCGACGCUGCAGGCCCAGCGUGCUGAGAUCGAGAAGGAGAUGAUGAAGAUGUGGACGUUGUCAUCACAGGCUUCGUCUGUCGCCCGACGUGUCGAUGCCAUAAUUUGCCCUGUAGCGCCUCACCCGGUCCCGGAGAUCGACCGCUACAAUGCCGUUGGGUACACCUCGACCUUUGUGCUGCUAGACUACCCGGCUGGCUCGGUUCCUGUCCGCUCGUUUGCGGAAACAGAUCUCGAGAUCGGACGGGCAAUGGAUGCACCGGUAUUGGGAAGCUGGGAUAAGGCUAAUCGGCAGCUGUGGGAUGAGAAGACGGUUGACCGCCGGGUGUACCUCGGAUCACCUCUCAGUGUGCAGGUUGUCACUCCUAAACAGCACGAUUAUCAGCUUUUCCGGGCAAUGGAGAUUGUUGAUCGCGCUGUGCAAGGACACGGGAGCUCAACCAGUGCGAAGCUGUAG